AUGUUUGUUGGACUAGCGUUCCUUCCAGUGCCUCGUGUUGUGGAUGGAUACAACCUUGUAGUGACCCACACACCGGAUCUGCCAGCGUGCUUUCAGUUCAACGAGUACUUUCGUGAGACGUGGAUUAAUGGCAACUUUCCUCUGACCAUUUGGAACCACUUCAGGAUCGACACCCCUAGGACGAACAACAACUGUGAAGGUUACAACAGCAGGUUGGCCAAGAGAGCAGUGAAAUCACACCUGAACAUAUACGAGCUGAUUCUCCUGUUCAAGUCAGAGAACGCCAACAAGGAAGCCUAUCUGCUGCAGAUGGAAGGUGGACAGAAACCAAGGAAUUCCCGCCGCACCGAAGAAGACAAGCACAAGCUCUUCCAGCUGGGAUUGGAGUACGUCACGUGUACCCGGGACACGGCUUCCUACUUGUCAGCUUGCAGUGGAGUGCUUUCUGGGACAUUUCGUGUGUAA